AUGUGCCAGGAGUGCGUGUACAGAGCCGAGCUGAUGUUUCACCGAUGGGCGAGGGUGGGCGAUACUAUGGAGAGUAACAGAGAUAGCGGCCACAUGAUUGUCGACCCGCAGCUUACUGGAGAUUAUGGUAGCGGUGGUGACUACAAGUAUACUGCCUACAGAGUUGACUCACCACCACUUUCCAUAAGUGGUCUGCCGGACGGCCACGAGAAUAACAGGCAGCUCAUCAUAAAUUCGACAUGCGACUAUAUCAUCGUCGGCGGUGGACUCGCAGGCGUAACAAUUGCCUCACGUCUCAAGCAGUAUCUCUUCGACUCGCGCAUCACUUUACUCGAGGCUGGAACCAAUGCUGUCGAGCAUCCCAAAAUCAACCAUGUCUCGGAUGGUACCGAGUUUCUACAGCUAAUGGCAGACGGUCUGACGGUCGUUUACUCCACGACACCGCAACCAUGUCUUGACAAUCGCCAGAUCAUGAACCCGGCUGGGCGCUUACUCUCUGAUGGAAGCGGCGUUGAAAUGGGGAACUAG